GAGCCACACUGGCUAUGGCUAUUAAGCUGUUUUAUAUAGCUUUCUAUGCAGUCAAAAGUUAAAGCAAAGAAGUGAAAUCUUCAUUACUCUUUCCCCCUCUGACUAGAUUGGUAGGACAUGUAUUUUCUGAGCUCAAACUACAGUUUUGGCAGCGUUUUUCAGACUUUGAUGCAAGUGCAAAGGGUAUUUUCAUACUAAAAAAUCCAUUUAACUGCAGCUAAGGCACUUCCUCCUAACCUUCAAUUAAAAGAGAUUACAAUGUAGUAACACGCAAGAGACAAUUAUCAAGAGUAAAUUCUUUAAAUGCCUCCUAAACAACAAUUAUGCUGAAUGAAAUUGUAUGCUUGUGAUUUGAUAUUUGUAUGUGACAGUCCCUAUCUGGAUCAAAAGACAUUUUCAAACAUGAAAGACAUAAAAUCUUAUUAAAAAUCAGUACUAAUGUAUGAACAUUUGCAUUUUCUUUUGAUGGUAGGGAACAGUAACUUUGAAUCCAAACUAACAAGUCAAAUAUUUUUCCUCCCCACAAAAGUUUCAUUUCCAUUAGGAGACCUGUUUUACAAAAAGUUUCGCUCAACUGUUAUAACAUUUUGAAUUUCAUCAAUAAAAAUUAUGGAAAAUUUUGUAUCAUUAAUGUAACUACUUAACUAAUGUCCUCAGUAUUGCCUGUUGGUUCUCAAAACCUAAAAUAUUUUCUGUCUGGUCCCUUACAGAAAAAGUUUCCUGACCCCUGCUUUACAUCAGGGUCUCUGAAGAAAGAUGAACUUGGCUGAGAUUUGUGACAAUGCAAAGAAAGGAAGAGAAUAUGCACUUCUUGGAAAUUAUGACUCUUCAAUGGUGUAUUACCAAGGGGUGAUCCAGCAGAUUCAGAGACAUUGCCAGUCAGUCAGAGACCCGGCUAUCAAAGGCAAAUGGCAACAGGUGCGACAAGAAUUAUUGGAAGAAUAUGAACAAGUUAAAAGUAUUGUCAACACUUUGGAAAGUUUUAAAAUGGACAAGCCCCCAGAUUUUCCUGUGUCCUGUCAAGAAGAACCAUUUAGAGAUCCUGCUGUUUGGCCACCACCUGUACCUGCGGAGCACAGAGUUCCACCUCAGAUAAGGCGUCCCAAUCGAGAAGUAAAACCUCUGAGGAAAGAAAUGCCAGGAGCAGGAGCCCGGGGACCUGUAGGCCGAGCACAUCCUAUAUCGAAGAAUGAGAAACCCUCCACAAGUAGGGACAAGGAUUGUAAAGCAAGAGGGAGAGAUGAAAAGGGAAGGAAAAAUACACAAGAUGGUAUGAACGAUAGUGAAAUUCCAAAAUUUGAUGGUGCUGGAUAUGAUAAGGAUCUGGUGGAAGCCCUUGAGAGAGACAUUGUGUCCAGGAAUCCUAGCAUUCAUUGGGAUGAUAUAGCAGAUCUGGAAGAAGCUAAGAAGUUGCUAAGGGAAGCUGUUGUUCUUCCAAUGUGGAUGCCUGAUUUCUUCAAAGGGAUUAGAAGGCCAUGGAAGGGUGUGCUGAUGGUUGGACCCCCAGGCACUGGAAAGACCAUGCUAGCCAAAGCUGUUGCCACCGAAUGUGGCACAACAUUCUUCAACGUUUCCUCUUCUACACUGACAUCCAAGUAUAGAGGUGAAUCUGAGAAGUUAGUCCGUCUGUUGUUUGAAAUGGCUAGAUUUUACGCCCCAACCACAAUCUUCAUUGAUGAGAUAGAUUCUAUCUGCAGUCGAAGAGGGACCUCAGAUGAGCAUGAAGCAAGUCGCAGAGUCAAGUCUGAGCUGCUCAUUCAGAUGGAUGGAGUUGGAGGAGCUUUAGAGAAUGAUGAUCCUUCCAAAAUGGUUAUGGUAUUGGCAGCUACUAAUUUCCCAUGGGAUAUUGACGAAGCUCUUCGAAGGAGAUUAGAAAAAAGGAUUUAUAUACCUCUCCCAACAGCAAAAGGAAGAACUGAGCUUCUAAAGAUCAAUCUUCGUGAGGUUGAAUUGGAUCCUGAUAUUCAACUGGAAGACAUAGCAGAGAAGAUUGAGGGCUAUUCUGGUGCUGAUAUAACUAAUGUUUGCAGGGAUGCAUCCUUAAUGGCAAUGAGACGGCGCAUCAAUGGCUUAAGUCCAGAAGAAAUCCGUGCACUUUCUAAGGAAGAGCUUCAGAUGCCUGUUACCAAUGGAGACUUUGAGUUGGCUCUUAAGAAAAUUGCAAAGUCUGUCUCUGCUGCAGACUUGGAGAAGUAUGAGAAAUGGAUGGUUGAAUUUGGAUCUGCUUGAAUUUUUGUCAGCUCUCUCAUUCUGGUAUUUUUAUUUAUAAAAUGUGAAGAAAUUCAUGCAUUUAAAAAAUAGGUUUGGAAACUUUUCAUUGGAGAGAUUUUCACUUAAAGGCAAACAAUCUAAAACUACAGAGUGUAAAUGUAGUUGGAAAAUAAGAGAAGCUUACGUAGAAAACCUGAUGGUCCCUGUCACCCGACUGUGUGCAUUAAUAUUGCAGUCCCAAACCAGGAUGCCAGGACAGUGGAGGAAAGGGAUAAGUAUGCUAUUGUGAAAGCUCGUUUACAAAAGAUUUAGAAGGACCUCUCUUUCUCACAUGCAUUUGUUGUCUUUUGCUUUUUGUGUUUUUCUAUUCUUUAAACAUGAGGGCUCUACACAUGUUGACUUUUAACAUCAAAACUGAGGUUGCAUCAGAUUGAUUAUUCAUUAAGAACGAUAGUUAUGGAUUAGAUAAUGAAUUUAAUAGUUAAACCUCUAGAAUUCAGCUCUUUACUUUCAGAGUCUAUUAUAAGGUUUGAAUUUUUACCCUUCCUCCCCCCCACCAUUUCUUCUAUUAUUAGCCUUUAAUCUUUUAUUGAGUGAUGGGUGAGAAGACCCUCAUGCUCUGGUGAUUUUUGAGUCAUUUUGCCAGGUCAUUUCUCCAGUUGUUAGUAUUUUUGCUGGUACUUCUCAUAUUUCACAUUGGAAGGGUGGGAAGAAUAUUAUGGUGCAGUGCACUUCUUCACUCUAGACCUCUGGGUUUGUUUUCAUUUUUCUUUCAAUGCGGUCAAACAGAUAAACCCAUUAUUUUUUCCAGCUCCAACAUUGUUUGAUUUGUGUUGAAUUUGACUUUUAUAUUCUAAGUAAAUACUUUUGUAUUGUGAACAAGUCUACUCUUUUGUGACUAAUGCAAAACAAAUAAAACCAAAUUGAUAGUUUUCCAGACAGCUUGUUUAACAGAAUAGCAUUGUACAUAAUGAGUGAUGUUCAUUUGAAAAUUUUUUUGAUUGUGCUUUGUCAAGGUUGAGAACUUGGGCACAAAAUAGAAAGAUUAGGAUAAAAAAAAUGCCAUGCUUUAUCAGUUCAGUAGGAAUUAGUCUGAACGAGGCCAGAAAAAAGUAGACAACCUACAUCUAAUCACAAAUGGAGUGAGUCUCGUGGUGUUUAAAAUUACAUUUAUCCUAUUUUGAUUGGGCAGCCUAUGCUUUAAUGGCCAAGCUUUUAAACUUUUUAUUUGAUCAUAUCCUGACUUUUCAAUUUUGGAGAGUACCUACUGGUUUAAA